AAGAUUUGUCGUCGGAGGCUAAAAAACAAAAGACCUAGAACUUGGAAAGUCGAAGAAGAACCAGAGUUAAACUCUUUGUCGGUCUUCUUCUAUCGUACAUCCGACCAGAUUCUUACUCGUCUGGAAACCCUAGAAACAAAGAAGCUUCACUCGUGAUUCGCGUACGGCGACUUGUCAAUGAGAGAGGUUUGUCUCUCUCUGUUGGUGAUGGCAAGCUCUAUUCGAAUUCAAAUUACCUGUUGAUUCUUGGUGCUAUUAGUUUGUGAGCCUUAGGGGUGAAAAAUGAGUGGCUCGGGAAGAAAACAUGUUUCAAAAUGGGACUCUAAAGAAGACACACAUCAUCAUCAUCAUCAUCAUCAUUCUAGCGUGAAUGCAAAUUCAGGUUCUUAUUACCGCGACAAGGAGCCCGAGCCUGUCCUGUUCAACGGAGAGAGUAACGGUAGUAGGAGGUCUGCUGCUGCAGACGAUCAGCACUCGAGCGAAGCUAGGAGUAGAAGCAGAGCUGCGCAGAAUAACGAUAACAGCUAUUAUUCUGAACAAGAUGAAACUAGGCAGCAGUUUUUCAAUAGGAGUGGUAGUAGAAGUUAUAGCAGAAGUAGAAGCCGUAGCAGAAGCCCAGUCUAUAGAGCAAGGCGAGAUGCAGGAUCUUAUGAUAGACACAAGUCCAGGACACGAGACUCGUCUCUGUCAAGCAGGGAAUUCAAUAAGAGAGGCGGUGGUCAAAGCAGGAUGACAUAUCAGGCUGAUGAUUUCAGAGAAAAUGCAAUGAUGAAAGGUGCUAGGUCGUCUGGCUAUGAUACUGAUUUUCCAGAGGAUAGUUCAAGAAGGGAGCAUUUACAUGAUGGCGUCUCAGAUCCGAGAUUGAGAAGGCACAGAAGCGAGUUAACGGGAGAGAAAGAAACGCAAAGAAGGGAUGUUGUUGAUGGUGAGGGAGUAUUCCACAGGAGUUCGAAUAUUCCGUGCAAGUUUUUCGCUGCAGGGUUCUGUCGUAAUGGCAAGCAUUGCAGGUUCUCUCAUCAUGGUGGUGAUAGAAAGCAGCCUCAAGAAAGCAACUUUUAUAGAGAGGACAAUAGAAAUCAUAGUAGAUGGAAUGAUGUUGAGAGAUUGAAUAAUGGGAAACUCGGUGGGAUCGAAGUUUCUCGUGCCAGUAAAGGAAUCUCUGAAGCUAAAGGCAACGGUAGUAGCUGGAUUGAUGGUAUGGAGAUGUCUCCAGAUUGGAAUUAUGGUGUGAAAAACCCCAUGAAGAAGGAAGAGUCUGGUGUUGGCAUUAUUGGUCAGAGUUCACAAUCUCGAGAUCUCAAAGAUGAUCAGAGGAGUAGUGAUGUGUUUUCAUAUGGUGACAAACCCAUGGUUGAGAAACCGGUGAACAUGGCUGCUCCUCCCGUUCAAGCUUUCAGUCAGAAUCAUAAUGUGUUGCCUUACCAAAACUCACAAACCGCUGGAGGAAGUCAACAAGUGAUAGCUGCUGCUGCUGCAGAUUUCUCACUAGGCUCGAACUUGAGCAACCCUGAGAGUAGAAUGGUUUAUGAAGAUAAUCAUCACUCAACUGUGGAGAAACCUGUUCCGGUCCAAAAUGACGUGACGAGAGAACAGAUGGAUAAGAUUAGCAACAUCUCAGCAUCUAUAGCGCAGUUUUUUGCUAAUGGACAGCCCAUUCCACAGCAGCUUACACAGGUUUUGCAGAUGCCCUUGCACUCAGAAUCUUCCAUGGCUGUUCAACCAAACCUGGCUACUACUACGCAAAGUAACUCCGUGAGUAAUAAUCCCAAUCUGCUAUGGGGACUUGGGAUGAGCACUGGCCCCCAAGGAGUUUCAACGGUUGCUGCGUCACAGGUAAACGAUGUUGAUGGGACUCGGGAGCUAGCGCUAAAUCCCAAGGCUUCUGAGGAAAACGGAGAGAAAAAGACUGAUGAAGCUAGCAAAGAAGGAGAGGGUAAGAAAACUGGAGAAGACACCAAAGAUGCUGAGAACGUGGUAGAUGAAGACGAAGAUGACGGUGAUGGGAGCGACGAAGAGGACAAGAAAGGGAAAGACCCGAAAGGGAUGCGUGCGUUUAAGUUUGCGCUUGUUGAGAUUGUUAAGGAGCUAUUGAAACCAGCUUGGAAAGAAGGUAAAAUGAACAAAGAUGGUUACAAGAACAUUGUGAAGAAAGUAGUUGAGAAAGUGACUGGUACCAUGCAAAGUGGAAACGUCCCUCAAACUCAGGAGAAGAUUGACCAUUAUCUAUCUGCUUCAAAACCAAAGCUUACCAAGCUUGUGCAGGCAUAUAUCAGCAAAUUCAAGAAGGCGGAUUGAUGUUUUUGUAAUAUGUUUAUCCACGCUAUGCGCGGAUUGUUAGAUUAAAUUUUAUAAAUGUAUAAUUUUAAAGAUUUUUUAGAGAAAACUUGUUUUUAGCAUAAUUUUUGGCUUGAAGCUUUGAGAAUUGAGUGUUUCAGUUUGGAGAGUUUUUUAACUUAUUUGAUUAUAUAUCCUAAUAUAAUAAAAAUUAUUAAUAAAUUGUAUACUUUUGCAAU